AUGGAGGUCCUGUACACGGCCAAGGAUCUCAGGUUUCCGACGUACGUGAUCAUCGACGGCCUUUAUCUUCCCAUCGAUGUUGACGAGAUGUCACUACGCUUCGCCCUCAACUACAGGCCAUCGAAGGGUGACAUAAUGGUGGUCUCGUACCCCAAGUGUGGCGGCGUCUGGGUGGCUCAGAUUGUCUACUUGCUCCUCAACGACUGUGUCCCCUUGGCAGAUGCCAACGCCUUCGAUAUUCAGAUGCCGAACCUGGAGGAGUGCGGCUACAUGAUGCCCCGCGAGCGCGCCGCGAACGACGAAGUUCGCAUCGUGCGCUCGCACCUUCCGUACCACAAGAUGCGCAUCAACCCGAUGGCCAAGUACAUCUACGUGACGCGCAACCCGAAGGACUGCUGCGUGGCCAUGUUCCACUACAUCAAGCACAUGAACAUCUACCGCUUCAAGGAGGGCCAGUGGGACAACUUCUUCGAGUGGUUCAUCCGGGGACGCGUCUGCUACAACGACUACUUCGACCACAUCAUCCACUACUGGGUGCACCGCAAGGACUGUCACGUGCUCUUCCUCACCUACGAGAACAUGACGCUCGACCACAAGAGCCACAUCUUCAUGCUCGCCAACUUCAUCGGCGGCGUGGCUGGCACCAUGGUCAAGGACCGGCACAUGCUGAAGAAGCUGAUCCACCGCAGCUCCUACUCGUACAUGUCCCAGUUCUUCAAGGAGGAGAGCCAUCUGGGCAACCUGACCAAGGGCCGCAUUGGCGAAUGGAAGGCCGUGUUCUCGCCCGCACAGGCGGCCCGCCUCGACCGAAAGUUCUACGAGCGCUUCGGGAACAGCGAGAUCGCCAACCUGUGGCGCUACAUUGUGCGCUUUGACCGACCCGCCACCUGAUUAUAGUGCCAAACAGGUGGCCCCAAAUAAUGGUGGCACCGUU